AUGGCUGCCCACGGUAUUGCCAUUGUAUCGAACAAUGAUAUCAUUUUCGAUUGUUCAUGGAGGAUCCUUGACAGCUGCCGCCCUCCCCAUAAGUUCAAGGGAACGCCGUUUCAGACCAUCGAUGUUGUAUUUGAGGCGAAACAGGGAUCCAUCGCACCUCCUAUCUUUGAAGGCAGUCUCCAGGAUGCUCAAGCUGUGCUCACCGGAGAAAAGGGAAGUCUGAUGAGGAUGACGUCUACGGCAUUCGAAGGAGGGUCCACGGCAUUUAAGUUUCUGCUGGAAUCACUUCGCGCAGCUACAUUUCCCUCCAAUCAGGGGGACUUUAUUAUUCGGUCUGACAUAGUACCUCUGCAAUUCAUCGACUGCGAGGUGGUUGCAUUGGCGUCAUCAUUUGCGGAGCCGUUGCAAGUCUACUCAGGAGAACCUGUCUCGCGAGAUCAACUCCAUGGUCUGGACGAGAUUUUGAAGUCCUCCACUGCCGAACUCCUUUUGCGGGACAGACACCUUACGGGAGAUAUGCGGACUGGUCUUGGUGCCUUUUCGAGUCUGGCGGAUGCGGAACUCGAAAACAGGCUCUCAUUCCUUUGGAUCGCAGAUGAACCUCUACGUCGCCUGCGGUCGGCCAUCGUCGACGGCAGUCGCCCCCACCCUGACCAAGGAGGCACCGGCCCAAACAUCUACCUAGCUGCCAAAGUUCUCGGAAUUGAUAUGGUUAUGUUGGACAAUCCUGGCCACUCGCUCGAAAGUGGAUCGUAUGAGCACUGGCGGGAGGCUUUCAUACCAACUAAGUUGGUUAAAGGCGCCGACCCCGAAUUUGCAGGCAGAAUCGUGGCAUCUGUCAAAUCCUACGACAAACCCAUUGAUGGUAUAAUCACCUUUUGGGAACAAGCUUACCGAAUUGCAACGGACAAGUACAAAACUAGUAUUUUCCCAGGGCAUGUCGCUUUCCGGGCCUCUAGCGCCGAGGAGGCGGUCCGGCUCGCGCAAGAGAAGAUGGUUGAAUUCCUUCUCAUCAUCAAACCCUGCAGAGGAUACAGUUCUGAUGGAGUCUCCCGCAUCAGCAGUCUGUCAGAGCUUUCAGCGGCGGUUAGCUCCAUCAAUACGGAGCGACAUGGUAAUGAGCUUGUUGUCGAAAAGUAUUGUUCAGGGCCUGAGGUUGAUGCCAACUUUGUACUCCUGGAUGGCGAGAUUAUUUUUUUCGAAUGUUGUGACGACUUUCUCAAGACAGCAGAUAAUCCGAAUGCAUGUAAUGGCAGCAGUCCUGCAGCAAGCAAUUUCCACGAACUCAAUAGUGUCUCCCCAUCCGCCCUUCCCCAGAAAGAGCUGGAUCUUAUCCGUGACAACUUCCAUGAGAUGUUCUCCCGACUGGGCUUCGAGAGUCGCAUCAUGCAUCUUGAGAGCCGUGUCGAACAUUCUUCUGUCGAUUACCGGCAGGGAGAUGGUGUGCUUGACCUUGCGCCGCUGCCAGUCAUCAACGGAAACGGCACGUCCACAAAGUCAAAGGAGCCCGCCCCGUGGCUUAUCGAGAUUAACCCUCGUCCUCCAGGAAUGAAAGUCACACAGAUUAUCGAGUCCACAUGGGGCGUGGAUUAUUGGGGUCUCGGCAUGCUAUUCUCACUCCGCGAUAAGCCCCGCGUGCGGGCACUUUCACAACCCUACGAACGUGGGCCACAGUAUACCUGUGUUAUGGUGUUCAUCUCUGCCGAUUAUGAUACCUCUUGCGAGGGCAUCUUCGAUUCUGACGACAUUUGCACCGACCUCUUUGCCCGGCGGCCGGACCUCGUCAAACACGUGAGUCGGUAUGGCUGUCUAGCGACAAAAGGGCAACGAAUACCGCACCCACAUACAGGGAUCAACACUUUCAUGGCAUACUUCAAUGUCUUCUCGAGGGUGUCGAGGAGAGAAGCGCUGGAGCUUGCUGCUGUAGUGAGAGAGGAGGUUCGGUUUGUAUUCCGGUAG